AUGCCCGGGAGGCCCGGAAUUUGCCCUUCCGGAAGGCCCGGGGCAUUGUCUUCCCGGAAUCCAGGAACCAAUUGGAUUCCCCUGCCGGCCGGGCCACAAUUUUCUCCCCACGGGAGGCUUAUGUUUUCCCGCCUCGGCGGGGGCUCCAGAGUUUUCUUCACCUUCGGGAGGCAGGGACUGGCACGCCGGGGGGGCGGCCCUGGGGUUGUCGAGCUCCUGGCAAGAGAGAGAAAUACUGCGCCCUGGGCUCUGUUUCGCCUUCGCCUUGAACUUUCCCACGCCACGGGGGGCCUGCCGUUUCUCAUGCAAGGGUCCCGGAUGCACCUUAGCUGGCCUCUCGGCCCGAAACUUUCCGCGGCUCAGAGAGGCCUACAAUUUUCCUGUGCGGGAGGCCCGGAACAACGUUUCCUGUCGGGGGACCCGGACCUUAAGAUUUGUUUUCAGCGGGUAGUUGUAGCAGUAGCACGACCGGGGAGAUCAAUAUUGCAACGAAACAGGAGUCGACAAGAACCCUCUGUUCAUUUCACGCCUCCCUCGUUCCGAAGGUUGGUAGCAGUGGUUGCAUACUAGUUCUUUCCUGUUCCUCCUCCUCGCGAGAUCAUGCUGCCUAGGAGAUCGACAAAGUUGAAAUAACUUGUAAUGCAUAAAAUCGAUACCAGAUGGAAGCCCAAUUUCUAAGCGGCGCAUGGCAAAUGUAACUAGAGCCGAAAUCCAGUCUGUAAUGCUGUUUGGGUAAGGAAGACGCCAUUUGUCAUGCUACUCUAGCAGCUCUAUUUCUACCCCGAAACAGGCUUGUAAUCUGCUUCCCUUGCCUACUCUGCAAGACAGGCAUUUUCCUCAGUUCAUUUCACGCCUCCCUCGUUCCGAAGGUUGGUAGCAGUGGUUGCAUACUAGGUCUUUCCUGUUCCUCCUCCUCGCGAGAUCAUGCUGCCUAGGAGAUCGACAAAGUUGAAAUAACUUGUAAUGCAUAAAAUCGAUACCAGAUGGAAGCCCAAUUUCUAAGCGGCGCAUGGCAAAUGUAACUAGAGCCGAAAUCCAGUCUGUAAUGCUGUUUGGGUAAGGAAGACGCCAUUUGUCAUGCUACUCUAGCAGCUCUAUUUCUACCCCGAAACAGGCUUAAAAUCUGCAUCCCUUGCCUACUCUGCAAGACAGGCAUUUUCCUCAGUUCAUUUCACGCCUCCCUCGUUCCGAAGGUUGGUAGCAGUGGUUGCAUACUAGAUCUUUCCUGUUCCUCCUCCUCGCGAGAUCAUGCUGCCUAGGAGAUCGACAAAGUUGAAAUAACUUGUAAUGCAUAAAAUCGAUACCAGAUGGAAGCCCAAUUUCUAAGCGGCGCAUGGCAAAUGUAACUAGAGCCGAAAUCCAGUCUGUAAUGCUGUUUGGGUAAGGAAGACGCCAUUUGUCAUGCUACUCUAGCAGCUCUAUUUCUACCCCGAAACAGGCUUGUAAUCUGCUUCCCUUGCCUACUCUGCAAGACAGGCAUUUUCCUCAGUUUAUUUCACGCCUCUCUCGUUCCGAAGGUUGGUAGCAGAGGAUGAAGAAAAAGUGGACCACGAUCAAGAAGUUCUGAAAAAUAGUGAUCCGAAAAAGCAGGAAAAAAAAAGGAGCAUAAUUACUGCAUUCAAGAAGCGGCCCGCAGGGCGGGAACAAGAACAAACAAAGGAGAGAACAGACAGCGUGCAGAGUCGCGACAGGAGGAAACUCGUGUUUUACUUAUCCAUCCGCAACGCGCUGUCGGGAGAGCCGCUACGGUUCCCGUUCCCGCACGAGGAUAAAGAAUCAAUCGUAGUACGAGGAAAUAAAAAUUAUAAGGAAGGUGUCCCCGCGGUACUAGGUUCUUGUGCCGGGCCGUCUCCCGGGGCAGAAGACGAUCAUACUACUCCUUCGGCCCUCGACGACGACUCUAUCGCCUUCGACGCGGAAAGGACCACGAUUUUGGCCUUGCGAAAAGCCAUCGCCCGGCGGGUGACGGAACUGCGGAGGACCGAAGUAGAGGAUGGCUCCUACGGAAGGCAGAAUUCAUCUAAUGAGCUACUUGGAAGAGAAGAGGAAGAAGAUGGAGGUCGCGGGACCACGGCCACGCCUGGUGUCAUUUGUUCUGAAUUCUUCGCCAUGGCGGCGGUCACCAUGCCACGUUUGGACACCGGUACCGGGGAUUACCUGAACGAGAUGAAGGAGCACUUUCAUAUCAAAUGCAAAAAUGUCUGGGUCUGGAAGAUUCUGAAACUUGUCAUGCAUAUUGUGCACGACCCAGGAUGUCUGUAAUGCACGACCUAGCAUCACAGAUUUUUAGAGGGCUUCCUGCUGCUUACUCCGCAUGACAAAUGCCCUCCCCGCGUAGCAGAAACGAGACCUCUCUUGCUGGUCAUGCAAUACAGAUUUUUUUAGAGUGUAAAGUUAGCAUCACAAGUUCCAACCUUCCAGACCCAGACAUUUUUACAUUUGAUAUUUCAGAUGCAAUGCUUGUUGUCUCUCGUGUUCGAGCUGAUCGACAACACGGAGAUGAAGUGCAUCGACUACCGGCAGACGUUCAUGCAGCACAGCUUUUUGUGGAAGGAAUCCCUCGAAGAGACCUUCGCCGACUUUUUGCUGGACGGCGCGAAGGACUUGGUGAACCCGGAAGU